AGCAGAAACAUAAUUAUUAUCACUUCGUAAAUUAUCAAUAUUACGUUUUAACAGGACGCUGACAUCUCCGAUAAGCCCCUAGUUAUUACUGCUGAUCUGAUUGACGUCGUUGAGUUUACUCCAAUUAACACGUUUUCCCCUUUGCAAUUCGUCAUUAAAAACAAGAAUUUAGAACUUUCCUGGAAAUCACUAAUUUCUCCUUUCUCUUUUUGGGUGUGGCUGGCCAUUUUCUUCUGUACUUUGGUCGCUGGAAUACUCAUAUUUAUAAUACUCAGUUAUGAUAGAUCAACAGAAAACAAUAACAAGGGUUGGAAUAAAAGAAGAUUCGUUUGGUUUCUGUUCGGAACUUUUCUCAAUCAAGGUAAGUAACAACGUAUAACAAGACAUUUUUUUCAUUUAAAAACUGUAAUUGAUGCACAUUAUUUCUUUUGUUUUUAUUUCAGGAGCCGAUUUGAACGUCAUUAGACGUUCACCCUCCAGAGUGGCCUUAAUCUUCUGGAUUCUUCCCGUUUUGAUCAUAUGUUGGGCUUAUGGUGGAACGUUAACAUCAUUUAUGAUUACCAAGGAAAAACAGUCAUUACCGAAAACGUUUGAAGAAUUAGCAUCAGCUGUCCAGAAAGGAGAAUUUACUUGUACUGCACCUGAUCACCCGAAUGUGAUCAACUUCUUUAAGAAUUCCAAACUAAGUUAUUUGAAAAAUUUAUAUGAAGAAAUUUUAACCAAUGAUAUCAUGUAUACAAACAAUUUGAUUUUCAACGGUAACGACGAAUCCUUCGAUUACACUCGCAUUGCAUACAUUUAUAAUUUAGAUUUCAUGAAAAUUUCCGAUAUCGAAAUCGGCCUGGAUGCGACAGUGUCUGACGAUGUAUUAAUUUCCAUGCCGUCAGCAUUCGUUAUGAGAAAAGGAUUUCCCCAUAAAGAAUAUUUCAACAAAAUAAUGUACAAUAUAUUCGAAAGUGGCGUUCAAGAUCAUUAUAAAGAAGUUCACUCGUGGAACCUUCCGAUUGUGAAAUAUAUGAAAGAGAGAGCUGCUAUGAGUAAAGAAACUGAGUCUGAUGUUGACCCCUUGGUUGUAAAAAAUUUUUAUGGAGCCUUCGCAAUUCUUGUUAUCGGUUACCUUUUGUCGUUUGCUUGCUUCCUUGUCGAAUUAAUAAUUGGAAAAACGAUGAAAACAUUCGAAAUUUAAACAUUACGCAAUUAUAUCCUUUA